UCUACAUUUUUAUACAAAGACAAAUAAAAAAUGACAGGAAUAUAUCAAAUCGAUUUUUCAAUUUUUCCUUCAAUGAUUGAUUAUUUACAACGAUAUUUUUAAUGCAAUAAACUAAAAAUUUCAAGGAAACCUUUGUAAAAUCCCAUUGUAAGUUGGACGAACAAGACGAAAACCAAACGGCAUAUUUACGAAUUACUAAAGUGUAAAAAACACAGUAAAAAAUGUCAAUUGCGUCAUCUGACUCCGAUGCCGAAUAUCACUCCUUCUCGGAGAGAACGUUGGCGAUCAUAAAGCCAGAAGCGUACGAGGACGCUGAGGACAUCGUGGAUCAUAUACAAAACAAUGGAUUUCAGAUUCUCGCUAGAAGGGAGGUCCGCCUGACACCGGAGCAAGCGGCCGAGCUGUACAGGGGCCACUACGGCAAACAUCACUUCCCGCACCUCGUGGCCCACAUGUCCAGCGGGCCUAUCAUCGCGCUUGUCCUCGCUACGAGAAACUGCAUAAACAAGUGGCGCACUCUGAUGGGCCCAGCGAGAGUGGUGGAGGCGCAGGCCUACUGGCCGGACAGCCUGCGCGCGUGCUACGGGCGGCGCACCAAGUACGGCGACUACUUCAACGCGCUACAUGGCAGCGAGAACCACGCCGAGGCCUUGCGGGAAAUACACUUCUUCUUCCCCACCAUGGUGGUGGGCCCGCUCCUGCGUCAAUGGCAAAUCAGCGACUACAUCCAGAAGCACAUCACGCCCACUCUCUCGCCGGCGCUGACCGCGCUCGCGCACGAGCGGCCCGCGGAGCCGCUGCUGUGGCUCGCGGAGCACCUGCGGCGACACAACCCCAACGAGCCCGAGCUGGCGCCGCAGCCCCGCGACCAGCGCGAGGAGGACAAGUGCCGCACGCCACUACCCUCGCAAGAGUCGCUCGCCAAAUGAACUGUGUACCUACUUAGUAAUAAGGUCUAUUGACUUGAAGAA